UGGCUACGGUGUCCCGCGAAGUUCAGGAAGCGGUCUCGCGUUGUUAAAAAUUAGCUUUCCCUUCCUUCAAUGACGAUGGGGGACAUGAUAUCCGAGGAACUGGAAGAUUUGAUGCAUUUCUCCGUCCACGAUUUACCAACUCGUGGUUAUUCGGUCAUGGAGGAAAUCCGACGGCAGGGGAAACUCUGUGAUGUUACCCUUAAGGUGGGAGAGCACAAGUUUAGUGCCCACAGGAUUGUUCUGGCUGCUUCCAUUCCCUACUUUCAUGCCAUGUUCACCAACGACAUGGUUGAGUGCAAACAGGAUGAGAUUGUCAUGCAAGGCAUGGAUCCCAGUGCUCUUGAAGCGCUGAUCAAUUUUGCCUAUAAUGGACACAUAGCCAUAGACCAGCAGAACGUCCAAGCGCUCCUGAUCGGCGCCAGUUUCCUACAGCUGCAGAACGUUAAAGACGCUUGCUGCUCUUUCCUCCAGGAGAGGUUGCAUCCAAAGAACUGCCUGGGUGUGCGUCAGUUCGCAGAGACCAUGAUGUGCACGACGCUGUAUGAUGCAGCCAACAGCUUUGUUCAUCAGCACUUUGUGGAAGUUUCUGUUUCGGAGGAGUUUCUGAGCCUGCGGCCAGAUGAGGUGCUCGAGCUGGUGGGCUGCGACGAGCUCAACGUCAAGGCUGAGGAGCAGGUUUUUGAAGCAGUUCUUGCAUGGGUGAGACACCAGAGAGAAGACCGCGAGACCUGUUUACCCGAGCUGCUUUCCAAGACCCGACUGCCCCUUUGCCGACCCCAGUUCCUGGCUGAUCGAGUCCAACAGGACGAGCUGGUGCGCUGCUGCCACAAAUGCAGGGAUCUGGUAGAUGAAGCAAAGGAUUAUCACCUAAUGCCAGAGCGACGGCCACACCUGCCUGCGUAUAAGACGCGGCAACGAUGCUGCACAUCCAUCGCCGGGCUAAUCUACGCUGUCGGAGGACUCAACAGCGCAGGUGACUCGUUAAAUGUGGUGGAAGUGUUUGAUCCAAUCGCUAACUGUUGGGAACGCUGUCAGCAAAUGAGCACGGCCCGUAGUCGAGUGGGCGUGGCUGUGGUCAACGGACUACUGUAUGCUAUCGGGGGUUACGACGGCCAGUCCCGUCUAAGCACGGUGGAAGUCUACAACCCAGACACAGACACGUGGAGUAAAGUCGCCAGCAUGAACAGUCAGCGCAGUGCGAUGGGAACCGUGGUGGUCGACGGCCACAUAUACGUCUGCGGUGGCUACGACGGCAAGUCCUCGCUAAAUUCAGUAGAGUGCUAUUCUCCAGAAUCGGACAGAUGGACAGUAGUAACAGAGAUGAGUGCGAGUCGCAGUGCUGCUGGCGUGACAAUAUUUGAAGGCAGGAUUCAUGUUUCCGGUGGUCACGACGGUCUGCAGAUUUUCAACACGGUGGAGUAUUACAACCAGCACACAGCGCAGUGGCAUCCCUUGUCCCCCAUGCUGAACAAGAGGUGCAGGCAUGGCGCAGCAGCUUUGGGAAGUCACCUAUAUGUUGCGGGAGGCUAUGACGGCUCCGGUUUCCUGAGCAGUGCUGAAGUGUACAGCUCUGUAGCCAAGCAGUGGUGCCAUCUAGUGGCCAUGAACACACGACGCAGUCGAGUCUCACUGGUAGCCAACUGUGGCCAUCUGUACGCUGUCGGGGGCUACGAUGGCCAGUCUAACCUCAGCUCGGUGGAGAUGUAUGACCCAGAGACCAACCGCUGGAUGUUUAUGGCACCCAUGGUGUGCCAUGAAGGCGGCGUCGGGGUGGGCUGUAUACCCCUGCAACCAGCUUAGCCAAAAACUCGUUUUUCUAAGCUGAUAACUUUCAUAAUGCACUCCUCUCCCAACUCACAUUUGCAUUGGAAGGGCUGUGCUGUUGUACUUGCCAUUCCAAAAAAGAACAAAAAAAACCCCUACACACACAGUGUACCCACUGUGCAGCAUUUUGAUAGCGACGUGGUGUAAUGUCUUUAUUCUGAUCGCAAAUUUUUAAAGUCAUACGUACUUUCAUUUGGGGAGCUCCUUGGCAGGUGUUGUUAUUAAAUUGUGCAAUUGUGCGGUUACGUUCUGCUGAGACAUUGGCGAGUUUGAACAGAGUGUGUGGGAGUUUGUUUAGGAAAAAAGGGAAAGAACAAAGAAAGAGAGAAAAAGAAAAUAUAAUGACCGUGUUUGGCAGUUUGUGUAUUAGGGUUCUUCAGUUUAGGAUACAGACCACUCUGUGUGUGUGUGUGUGUGUGUGUGUGUAUGUGUGUGUGUCAGAGAGAGACAGAGACAUUGAGGGAUGAAAUCGCUUUAUGAACUGAAAGCGUACUUGAUAUCUGCAGGAUGGUACAAGCUAACCACUGACAAGAAAAUAUAUGUUCUUUGGGAGAGUAUACUUGCGUUAUUUAUAGGGAUAUCAGAAGCUUAUUUAGAUUACUUAGUGUGUGUGUGUGCUUGAUUUUUUUUUUUUUUUGGGUUAUCUUUUGCUCAGAGCGUUGCAAUAAACGCAGCAUCGGCAGACCAAAAGAACUUCGAUGUAACUGUGCAAAACAUCCACCAGAUGUGCCAUAUUUCAUACAGCCAUCACACCAGACUCCUCCAGGAUCAUAAUUUACCACUUCUCUGAGCUCUCACUGAAGAGGCUGCGUUGUUUGAGACACUGUGGUGCCUCCUGGUGGAGGGAAAAUCUUUGGGACUGACGAGAAUGACGAUAACAGAGACCUGUCUUACCUCCUGAAUAGCUCUACAUUCCGAUGGAAAUCAAUGCAUUUUAUACCAAAAAGACGUGAAAUGUGGUGGUGAUGUGGAAUUAACCAACGACCAGCAUCGUCAGCAUUAUGUCCUUUAUCUGUACGGUGGCAUUAAUUCCUAGUGGGGAAAAUUAAAAUCCCCAGGUUUGGGUGUGCAAAUAUGGGCUUUGUAUUUUUAUUUUUUUUUUUAAUUCCCAGCCAGCUGCUUUGUGUAAUUACAGGUAACAACUAAUUUGGGAUAACUGACUGUGAAUUUAGAGUAUUUGAUAUCUGUCUGUUCCUUUCCUCCUUUUCUGCCCAUUCCUCUGCUGAUCUUGAUUGAUGUUUCAUAUGAAAUAUAGCUUAGAUUAUGUAUUGUA